GAAGGGGAGGGGUGGCUCCCUAUAAGAGCAGCAUCGUCCAGCCUCCACGUCGCCAGAAAACCACACUGACACCGAGGGAAGGAAAACGUACGUUGACAACACCGACCUGCACCCAAGGGACUCCCAGGCACCCACAAUCUCACCUAAACACAGACAGUGGGACCAUGAAGACUGCUGUGGCUCUGCUGCUGCUCUGUCUCUGUGAUCUUGGACAGAGUGACUGCCAGGCCGACUGCCUGUCCUGCAGCAACAUCCUGCCCAAACAGCUCAGUUUCAACACUAUGGUUUGUGUCAUUGAGUGUGAAGGCAGUGUGUCCCCAGCCUACUCCUGGGACUUCUGUCGUAAGGCGUUAUUGUCCUCCAUUUCGACCCUUAGCGGCGCCACACGGAAAAGAUCUCAGGAGGAGGUGGAAUCCCUGUUUCCUGAUGAGGAGGAUCAGGUGGAAAGAGGCCUGCUGCUGCCCAUGGCUGCGCAGAGGUUUGAUCACAUGACCCGGGCGCUUGCAGUGGAUGAUCUGGGUGGCAAAGGCAGCCAGAUGAACACGGCCUACAACCCCCCAAACCCCCUGUCUGUUGAGGAUGACUAUGAAGAAGAGGCAGGACAAGAAGAGGGUGAUGCUGACAUGACAACAAGAGGACAAGGUGACAUAGGCCUGAGUGUCUCCAAGAGGUUUGGCGGCUUUGUCAAAGGGAGGCAUGGCUACAGGAAGCUGAUGUCGCCGGGGAGGUCGUACCAGAAGAGGUAUGGAGGUUUCAUUGGCAUCCGGAAGUCAGCCCGCAAGUGGAACAACCAAAAACGUUUUAGUGAAUUCCUGAAGCAGUAUCUGGGAAUGAGCGCUCGGGCCACUGAGUUCAACAGCGUGUCAGAGGACCUCACCUCACAGAAUGAAGUUUAGCAGAACCCAGCUUUAACUGCCAUAAAACAAUUUCCUGAAGUAUUUCCACUGAUUUUGUUUUGGUUGGUUUAAAUCACCAACAUGUCAAACUUUAACAAGUGUCCCAAAAUGACCAAUUGAAUUUACAGCGUAUUUACCAAAAGUGUAAAUUAUAUGAUAUUGGAGCCUUAUACGUCCUGAGACUUUUUUUUUUUUUUUUUUAACGGGUUCAAUUAUGUUGCAAGUCAUCAUUAAAUGACCACCACUCUACAGUAUACAGUCUUUACCAGCGUCAUCAUUCUAAAUUAUAGACCUCCUGGGAAAAAAUGGAAAAAUACCUGUUCUCCACACUCUUUGUCUGAUACCUUUUAAGUUUUCCUUAGCUGUCCAAGCUAACUUUACAAGUUUUCCCUGUUUGAGAAUUCCUGGAGUGGUUCUGGCAUGGUUUUCAACAAAACAAUCGUUUCAUUUUAUCUUGCAAUUGGUUAAAGGCAAGAACAUUAAAAUCUUAUCAUAUGUCUUUCUGUUUAUUAUAUUAUACAGUGUUGUUUUUUUUUUUUUUUUGCUAGAUUAUAGAACAAUUCUUUAAUUCUUACUCUUGAAAGUGUGCAACUUAAAUCAUUGUCUUUAUUAUACCACCAUCUUGUGGCAAAAACCAUUAUUUGGUAUCAGUUGAAAGCUGUAGCAGUGUUUUUGCAUGUUGUCAAACUAUGAAAAGAACGUACUAAGUAUUUGCUGUGUGUAUGAGUGAAAACAUGCAAAAACAUGCUUUUACUAGACAAACAUUUACUAGUAAGGCCUUGAUCUUUGUAGUUUACAGACACUGAUUUAUCACUGUGCCAAAACUCACCAGAGACAGGGCUAUGGAAGCAGGUUUACUUAAAAAUCCUACAACCAUCCGAUGCAAAUAAACUUAACAUCAACACAAGUGAAAAUCACUCAAUAUCUAUGUAUAUUUACAACUCAGCUAUGUGCCAAACUGUACAAGUGAACAUCAUCUCUGCCUGGAUUUUAUGUUCAGAUGCCAGAUGUAUGUAUAAAACAGUAUGUUCUUUUCGAGCUGUAAUGGUGUGAAAUGUUUUUUUCUGUUGCCCACAGUAAAAACCUGUAAAUAGCUGAAUUUAAACAUGUCAAUAAAAAUAGUUUACUAUUUCCUUCGUGACUUGUCAUGCAGCAACUGA